UUUGCGAAGUUCGGUUACCUGCAGGAACGCGCGUGGCAAUAUUCUCCUCGGACAUUCUCUUCUUCAUUUUUUUUUUCUUCCAACUGCACACCUUAUAAAAGGUUUAUUCAUCUGCUCUUCAUUGUUUCGCCAGCAAGUCCAUGAGAUUGGAGUUGUAUCGAUAGAGAGAAGAAUACAUUUAAAACAACAGUAUAAAAAGAGGAGAGAGACGCCGCGCGCAUCGCGCAAGUUGCGCCGUGUCUGUGUGUACAUUGUAAUUUCCUUUGUUUCGCUUGACGUAUACCACAUAGGUAAAUACACAUUCGUAUAUUAUCUGUGCACAACAUGGUUGUGCGGUUCUAAGUUGACGGUCGAUUUGUCAAGGUUAUCUGAAUUUUGGGUACUUCAGUACAGGAGGAAAGGCAUCAGAGCAUCAGACUAUCAGAGGGGCUUUUAAAUACGUAUACAUACAUACGCAUAGCAUAUACACACCCCAAGACAGCUGGGACGGCGUCUCUCGCUUUCUCUCUCUACUGUUGCGCCGCGCGCUUCCACUGUUUAUUUAUCCACCUACGCGCGCUCUCCGGACAUCAUCACACAGCCACCGUCGCCGCUAUCGCAUCUGAUACUAUAUAUCAACUUAUCUCUGUUGCGAGGCGUAAUUGUGAAUAUUGGAUUGGACGUAGGCUGUAUAUAGCCAAAAAAGGAAGCAACAGCAAGGACGAGAAAGUCAAUCAUGUCCAUCGGGAAGUUUUCAUCCGAGGAGACGCUGGGAGAAUCAUGGGUCAUGUGCCCAACGCCGCCGAUGGACCGGUUGACGCCAUUGCCGUUUAAUAGCGGCACCGACGAGUACCUGCGACUUCUGAGGGACGCCCAGAGAGACUCGACCCAAUCGUCCGCGAGGCACUCCCUUGCUUCCUCGAGGCGCGAUACACCAAGGGGCAGUCCCAAAAGCCCUCCAAACAGUCCCAACACGGAAUUGUCGAACAAUGAAGAGGAGCUCAAGGGAAUCUACAUAAACCAAACUUGUUACAAGGACGAUCAUGAUUGGAUGUACGAAUGGAACUCCAGGCACGAACCAGUGAUCAAUAAAUCCAAUGCUUGUUCCGUGCAGCAGCUGGGUAUGGCCAGGCGAAAAACGUACAGCAUUAGAACAGCUAAGGUCGGUAAGAACGGCCUCUUCUCCAAAGAGGUUCUCUACACGCUCUUUUUGACAAACAUACUAUCGCUCCUCAUUGGAAGUGGUUUCGGAGUAUGGCUGACCAGGCGAGGACUAAUGGUGUCGCGCGUCACCAUGGAAUGAAAUCGAAGCUAUUACACGUGAUUUUUUGAUGCAUGUGCACCUAUAUAGCCUCUUCCUCUCUUUUUCCCUCGAAAAUAAUUCACCAAUAAUGGAGAAAAAAAGGAGGAAAAGCAACUCAAGAGAGAGAGAGAGAGAGAGAGAGAAAGGUGCUAGGAACGUAUGCGCAUUAGUUUUUAGGUAAGACUGAGUGAAAUUAAAAAAAAAAAAAAAGAA